CAGAGUAGGCAGCUGUUCCGGUGCACGUGAAGGGCAUUGAGGGAGCCGGCCCAUGUGAGAGCUUCACGGAGUGAGUAAAGUGGUCAAUAAGCGCGGAACAUGGACGGUUUCGGUUCGGAUUACUCCUCCGGAGCGGGCUCGGGGAAGGUGGACCCGGGCGCCAUAAUGGAGCAGGUGAAGGUGCAGAUCGCCGUGGCGAACGCGCAGGAGCUCCUGCAGAGGAUGACCGAUAAAUGCUUCAGGAAGUGCAUUGGAAAGCCGGGAAGCUCGCUGGACAACUCGGAACAGAAAUGCAUCGCCAUGUGUAUGGACCGGUAUAUGGACGCAUGGAACACAGUCUCUCGUGCCUAUAACUCGAGACUUCAGAGGGAAAGGGCGCGCAUGUGAUGUAGAAUCCACUCGGCUGGACCUCAGUGUUAUCCUGAACCCCUGGGUCUACAGGCAUGGCUUGAAAACGCACAGUAAAGUGCACUGGCCCCGCCUCUUUAUCACCCAGCACUCGAAAAGCCAUCAGAAAUCGGGUGGUUCUGAAUUUUAGACUCAAAAUAUCUUUGGGGAUAUUUUUCCCUUUGUUAUUUUUUCCCUAGGCAUGUUAAAAGUGGGUGGACGUUUGUUAUCAAUUCCAACUUUAAUGUAAAUCACAUGAUGACUAAUGACCGAGGCAGAAUUCAGCUAUGACUGAUUCAAUGUUUGAGAAUCAACUUUAUCUUGUGAAUAAACUUCUAGUGAAAAUUGCAUUAACUAUAAAAUGCAAGGUGUAA